AUGCAGACUGCCAACGAAGUGACUCGACUCCAUCGCGAAAACGCCUCUAUAGCGGCGGCCCUCGCCAAGGCCGACUACCAGACCCCCUCUACGAUGCCCAGUGACCAGGCAGUGAAGGCUUUGAAUUCGAGAAUGGCCGAAUCGCUCGACCAGUACCGACAGGAAAUAUCUAAAAUAGAACACCUCGCCACCUGUGAGGUAAUAGUCGCAGUCGGGUUUGUCUGA